GUGGUGGUGUCUGUGGAUGUUCGCGUAUCCCAUCGGCCCUGGCGCUCACGGCGGAAGAAGGCGCGGAGGUGACUCUCUGGCCCGCAGCCCGCUACUCUUCUGUUCUGUCUGACGUUGGACAACAAAGAUGGCGGCUGGGACGAGCAAUUACUGGGAAGAUCUCAGGAAACAGGCCCGACAGUUGGAAAAUGAACUUGACCUGAAACUAGUUUCCUUCAGUAAACUAUGUACAAGUUACAGUCACAGCAGCGCCAGAGAUGGAAGACACGACAGGUAUAGUUCUGACACAACACCCCUUUUAAAUGGGUCAAGCCAAGACAGAAUGUUUGAGACAAUGGCAAUUGAGAUUGAACAGCUUUUGGCAAGGCUUACAGGAGUAAAUGACAAAAUGGCAGAAUAUACCAACAGUGCAGGCGUCCCCUCCUUGAAUGCAGCAUUGAUGCAUACGUUACAGCGACACAGAGACAUAUUGCAGGAUUAUACACAUGAAUUCCAUAAAACCAAAGCAAACUUUGUGGCAAUACGAGAAAGGGAGAAUCUCAUGGGAUCAGUACGAAAAGAUAUUGAGUCAUAUAAAAGUGGAUCUGGAGUAAACAACAGGAGAACUGAACUGUUUUUGAAAGAACAUGACCAUCUUCGAAACUCAGAUCGUCUGAUAGAAGAAACAAUAAGCAUUGCUAUGGCAACAAAAGAAAAUAUGACUUCACAGAGAGGAAUAUUGAAGUCAAUUCACAGCAAAAUGAACACUUUGGCCAAUCGUUUUCCUGCUGUGAACAGCCUAAUCCAGAGGAUCAACCUUAGGAAACGGCGAGACUCACUCAUCCUAGGUGGUGUGAUUGGUAUCUGUACCAUCCUGUUGCUGCUGUAUGCUUUCCAUUGACGGGGCCUCUCCAGGAACUCUUGACAACCUUCACUUUCACACCCUGAUCUGGUGUAAGGAAAAGAAGGAAGGAGAAUUUGACUGUCCUGAAAAUUUGCCUGACCAGCCAGGUGAAUUCAAAACUGAUAGUGAUGGCUCAGUAACAUGGAUUGAGCUGAAGCCAGUUUUUUUGUGCUAUCUUUUGUAACACACAUUUUCCUCUUUUUAGUUUAAAAACAAAAAAAGGCUUCAAUUGCUUUUGUCUCCUUAGGAGGUAAGUAAAGCAAUCAAAAACAAGAGUUUCUGUGCUUCAGUGACAGUGUUGAAGCCUGAUGACAAGCCAGGUUUAGAGAGCUGGACUCUUCAGAAUACCAGGUUUCUCUGUACUAUCCAAAGACUCUUUUACUUUCAGCCACCAGAUUGGGUUGUGAAUAAAAAUAAUUCUUGUCCUUUUAUUUAACCCCCAUGAUGAAAAAUCACAAGUCCUUUCUAGAUAAGCUUGAUAGAUUUCUACUUGGUGUUCCCAAAUCUUUUGGUAGUCAAGGAAAAUUCCAUUUUUCACAAAUUCUUUAGGCCAUCUUCAAUUCAGCAUGGUUAAGUUUAAGAGAACACUGCAAAAAAGAUUUUUUGUCUUUUUCUUUUCUUUCUUAAAAUGACAGGUGCAUUGGGGUUAACUGUAUUGCUGGGGAAAUAUCAAGGACAGGCCUUUUUUUUUUUUAAGGAACCAGUCAUUGGAUGUUUUUUAUUCCGUUGGAUUAAUAUUUGCUGUGAUAGGAUGAUGAAAUCUAAGUUCUACCAUGACACACGCAAAAAAAAUUUACAGCCGGUGUCCAUCCGUGCACCCAGUGGUUCUUCAUCAUGUCAGGAUUAGCACUGGUUACUAAGGGUCGUGACUGCUCAGUUUUCAGUGAGAUUCUAGUCAAGUCACAUGUAAAAAGACAGGGAGGGGUCACUAUCCAGAUAAUUCCAUUUGUAAAUGCUCCGCAGCUUUGGAGCAAAAGUUUGAGAACCACUGUAGAUGAUCGGUGUUCUGUGGAAAUCUGUGCAUUCCAAAUCUGUUAAACUUUUCCAAACAUCCAGAGAAUGGAUGAAGGUGCCUAUGACAAUCUAUGUCUGUGUGCACCUGUCUCCUAUUACCAUCCCUGGAUGGUAACAAAAUUUUAAACUACCCCCAUAGUUUUUUCAAGUUUAACCAUUUCUGUUAUUGAAAAUUUAUUACUUGUAUUACUGAAACACCAGGUAUUUUAAAGACAUCUACACUCCUCACCAAAAGAAAAAGCUGCAGCUGUUCACUGGAGUUGAUGAAGGUAUUUAUAGGACUGGCCUCAGACUGCCACAGGGAAUAAAAGGAUAAGUUCUCCACUACAGCAUGGUGUGGAAAUGCUGUUGAACUUGGACUCGGUAUGCUACAUGAUGGGUAGACUAACACUAGUCUGGGAUGGAGCAGUUUGUCAUCCUAGUGUCAAAGUUUUAUUACAUUCUGGGUGUGAAGGGCAUUUGAUAUAUUUUUCUUAACUGUGGGGUUUAUUCUUCUAAAUAUGGGUUGAUGAUCAUUUUAUUACUUAGAAAUCCCCUUAAAAGAAAGUUUUCCCUGUGUGAACCUUAAAGGAUCAGAGAAGUAAGUUCAUUUAUUGAAUUGUCUUUUGAGAGAACAAAACUUCUCUCCCCUGAUACUAUUAUCUUUGAUUUUUCAAAGGCCUUUGAUUGGUGGUUGUGCCUCAGCUAGAAUUUAUGGGACUUUGGUUGCUAUAUAGUUGGCAUUUAUAAAAUCUGAAUUUAUCAUAAAUAAAGUUAUUUAUUUAAUUAUUCUA